AAAAAAACCACAAAACAUCAACCAAAAAAAAACUACAAAACAUACAACAGCCGGUGUUCGCUGAUGGUCACCCACUCAACUACUAAUCUGCCUCUCAUUGGCUUGACUCUGGGGGAGCAGACGGGACCCCGUAUUUUCCAAUGGAUAUGGUCGUAUGUGCUUGUAUGA